CCUCACAAAACCGAUAGGACUUCAGCAUUGAGCCGGGGCGGCUGCUGUUCUUUGGACAAUCGGCCCUAAUAACAUACGAAACCACGUUACGUUUUUACACAGAACCUCAGUAAACCCUCUCUCUUUCCCGCUGGGGCCUCCGCUUUCUCAUCCUUCCUGCUCCUCCGUCUGGUUUGGUAUAGCAGCGGUAAUGGCAUUCAGGUGACAGUGACAGUGACAGUGAUACUGGCAGUAAGCGGAGGCCGUUCUUUCUACCCCUCCUCUGAGGGUAGUGAACAAAAAGACCUUUUUCUUUGAUAGGUAGUAGUGAACAAUAGGACUUGCAGGUUUAUAUUAGGUUUUUGGAUCGAUUGUUCACCCCGAAGUUUCCUAUCUCACCGCUGGCCAUCAAUUCUGUGCACUGUCCACUGUGCAUCCUUCAAUAAUAUUAUACAAGUCAGCCAAACCGAGAAGAUGGCACGGAGGAGAAGGGAAAAACUUAACGUAAAAUCAGAUCUGUAAUCGGCGUUUUUGGAUUUUAGGAGGAAGGCCUGAACGAAAAAUUCACUGCUACAAAGGCCAUGGCCGGGAAGAAAAGAACUUUGGCCCCUGCGGAUGGAGUGGAGGAUCAAGUUGACACUGUCAUUGGUAAAAUUAAUUCAGAAUUUGCCAAAAAAUCGAAGAAGGAGAAACCAGAGGAAGAAAGGGUAGAUGGGUCUGAUGCUCCUUCUCUCAUCACUGGUUCUAUUAAACCUAUGGAGAGAAGGAAGAGAAGGAAAGCAUCGGACAAAGAGAGGCACAGGAAUGAUGCUGAGAGGCCUAAGGCUAAAGACUUGAUACCUGCUGAAGGUCCCAAUUCUGAUGGGCCCCAGCAACCUCCUUUGUCUUCUUCAUUGAGUAAUGGGCUACUUCCUGAGUUCCAUAUUAGUGUUUUUAGAGACUUGGCAUCUGCUGAUUCCUCAGUAAGAGAAGCAGCAGCUGAAGCAUUGGUAACAGAGUUAAGUGAAGUUCAGAAGGUGUAUGAGAAUCUUGGCAAAAAGGGAGCUGAUGAAGGUGGUUUGCAGUUAGAAGCCGAGAAGGAUGAUGGGUUGAAUGACUGUGCUCCUUCUUUGAGAUAUGCUAUACGUCGACUUAUUCGUGGGGUUUCUUCUUCAAGAGAGUGUGCGAGACAAGGGUUUGCAUUGGGGUUGACUGUUGUAGUUGRUGCUAUUCCUAGCAUYAGAGUGGAGUCUUUGAUGAAACUAAUAGUUAAUUUGUUAGAGGUCUCUUCUUCAAUGAAGGGUCAGGAAGUAAGGGAUUGUCUUUUAGGUCGUUUGUUUGCUUAUGGCUCUCUUGUUCGAUCUGAGCGAAUAGCUCAAGAGUGGGUUUCCAAUAAAAAUACUCCUCUUGUCAAGGAAUUCAUCAACCAUGUCAUCUCUCUUGCUGCCAAGAAGCGCUAUUUGCAAGAGCCAGCUGUCUUGGUUGUUUUAAACUUGGUUGAACAGUUGCCUGCAGAUGCUUUGUUGAGUCAUGUUCUUGAGGCUCCAGGCAUGCAUGAGUGGUUUGAAGGAGCACCAGAAGUUGGAAAUCCAGAUGCAUUGCUUUUAGCCUUGAAGAUCCGUGAAAAAAUUUCCAUAGACAGCAUGCAUUUAUGCAAGCUAUUGCCAUAUCCAUUCAGCCCAAAUAAGCUGUUUACAGCUGAUCAUAUGUCUUCCCUUGUUACAUGCUUUAAGGAAUCAACCUUCUGUCAGCCUCGAGUUCAUAGUGUCUGGCCUGUUUUGAUAAAUAAUCUCUUACCAGAUAUGGCAUUACAGGAGGAUGAUGCAGCAUCGGGUUUUAAUUCUGUUAAGAAGAACAAGAGGAGUCGCAAGUGUGGCUCUUCUGAAGAAGACAUUGUGAAGAACCUCCACUGUUUCUGUGAAGUUGUUAUAGAUGGAUGUCUUCUUCAGUCAUCUCAUGAUCGCAAACACUUGGCCUUAGAUCUUCUGCUUCUCCUCCUUCCCAAGUUACCUGCAUCUUGUGUCGAGAUUGUUCUCUCUCACAAGCUUGUCCAUUGUUUGAUGGAUAUCCUUUCAACAAAGGAUUCCUGGCUAUACAAGGUUGCACACUAUUUUUUGAAGGAAUUAUCAAAUUGUGUUAGCAAUGAUGAUAAUCGACGAGUUGCAGUCAUUGUGGCCCUACAGAAACACAGCAGUGGGAGAUUUGAUUGCACCACACGGACAAAAACAGUCAAAGAUUUGGUGGCAGAUUUCAAAACUGGGGCAGGUUGCAUGUUGUUUAUCCAGAACUUGACUAAUAUGUUUGUAGAUGAAGGUCGUGCAGUGGAUGAACCAUCCGAUCAGAGUCAGACCACUGAUGAAAACUCGGAGAUGGGUUCAGAGGAUAAAGAUUCAACUUUGACAUCGGGUAGUCCGGAUCUUUUCAGAAGUUGGAUUAUAGAGUCACUUCCUCGUGUCUCGAAGCAACUGAAGCUGGAUCCUGACACAAAGAUUCGGGUUCAGAAAGAAAUAAUGAAGUUUCUAGCUGUUCAGGGUCUCUUCUCUGCAUCUCUUGGCACUGAGGUGACAUCAUUUGAGUUACAGGAAAAGUUUAGAUGGCCAAGAACAGCUAUAUCAAGUGCUUUAUGCAGGAUGUGCGUUGAACAACUCCAGUUAUUACUGUCAAAUGUUCAGAAAGGAGAGGGGUUACCGUCUGUGAUGAACGGUCCUGAGUCAAAUGACCUAGGAUCUUAUUUCAUGCGCUUCCUUGGCACAUUAUGCAGCAUACCUUCUGUUUCACUCUUCAGGACUUUGAGCAAUGAGGAUGAUAUUGCAUUUAAGAAACUGCAAGAAAUGGAAAUUCGGCUCUUCCAGAAGGAAAGGAAUAGUGAGCCUGGCAAUGAUGCAAACAAACUGCAUGCUCUGCGUUACUUGCUUAUCCAGUUGCUGCUGCAAGUUCUCCUUCGACCUGGAGAAUUUUCUGAAGCUGCCUCUGAACUCAUUAUUUGUUGCAAGAAAGCAUAUGAUACUCCUGAUCUUAUCAACUCAUUGGAUGAAGAUGAUGAAUUGGAUAAUGGUGGUACACCACCAGUGUUGAUGGAUGUGCUCUUGGAUACACUUCUUUCACUGUUGCCACAGUCAUCAGCUCCCAUGCGCUCUGCUAUUGAGCAGGUUUUUAGGUUCUUCUGCAAUGAAGUUACAGAUGCUGGGUUGCUUCGCAUGCUGCGGGUUAUAAAAAAAGAUUUGAAACCUGCUCGCCAUCAGGUUAGUGACAGUGAAGAUGAUGAAGAUGAAGAUGAAGAUCUACUUGGCAUUGAAGAAGCAGAGGAAACCUAUGAAGCUGAGACAACUGAAAUGGGUGAUAGUGAUGAUGAAGCAGAUGAUUCUGAAGCACUAGGCCGAAUGAAGGAUGUUAAUGAAGACCUUCCAGAAGCUUCUGAUGAUUCUGAUGGAGGAAUGGAUGAUGAUGCAAUGUUCCGGAUGGAUUCAUAUCUUGCCCAGAUUUUCAAGGAGCGGAAGAACCAGGCUGGAGGCGAAACUGCUCAGUCCCAGCUGGCACUCUUUAAGCUUCGUGUCCUCUCACUGCUGGAAAUAUAUCUACAUGAAAAUCCAGGUAAACCCCAGGUUUUGACGGUGUUCUCACACUUAGUACAGGCAUUCGUAAAUCCUCGAACUGCUGAAGGUAGUGAGCAGCUUGGACAGCGUAUUUGGGGAAUCCUACAAAAGAAAAUAUUCAAGGCAAAAGAAUAUCCAAAGGGUGAACAUGUUCAACUUUCUACACUUGAAACCCUCUUGGAGAAGAACUUGAAGUGGGCAUCAAAACCAUUCAAGAGAAAGAAAUCUGCUUCUAACUCAUCAAAGAAGCAUUCUACCUCCUGGGACCGACACAAAAUGAUUACAUCUGUUGCACAGAAUUCAACAUAUUGGAUUUUGAAGAUCGUUCAUUCAAAAGAACUCUCUGAUUCUGAACUGCAGAGAAUUUCGAAUAUUUUUGAGCGCAUUUUAGUGAGAUAUUUUGAUAGUAAAAAAUGUCAGUUGAAGUCUGAAUUUGUGAAAGAAGUUUUCCGGCGUCAGCCAUGGAUUGGUCAACGGAUCUUCCAUUUCCUACUAGAUAAAUGUGGUAGUGCAAAGUCGGAAUUUCGGCAAGUUGAAGCACUUGAUCUAAUCGAUGAAAUACUCAAGUCAUUGGUUUCUGGUACGGCAGAUAAAGGUGAAAAAUAUUUAGCAAGCAGGAGAUUGUUGAAGGCCCACAUAUCUGCACUUUGUAAGUUGAUGGAAAAGCUGCUGACUAACAUGCCAGAGAAGCAAUCGAGACGGUCUGACGUUCGUAGGUUCUGUGGCCAGGUCUUGCAGGCAGUCUCAGGGCUUAAUCUUAAAAAGCCGUUUCAUAAGUCUUUGACACCUGAUGCCUAUGCAGCAUGUGAAUCUCAACUAGGGAAUGCGUUUCUCCCAUUUAAAUCCCGGGAUUAAUAUUGUUCUGGUAGAAGCCGCUUUAGUUGACAGCCGGUUUGUUUUAGCUUUGUAGAUCAAAUCAUCAAAAUUUUGAGACCCAGAUACUAGAUUGUAUGAUCUUGGCAUCACAGUUUUGUUUACGUUGACUGUAAAUUUUAUUCUGUUUUUUGAAAACGUUUGAGUUCAAUAGAUAGUGUAUAAUCUAAAAAAUAUCGAAGCAAUAUUGCCAGACUUGUACUAGACUAGAUGGUCUGACCAUCAGAACUGGAAUUGCUUAUGGGUUUCACUAAGUUAAUAUCAAACAAAAGCUGCAGACAA